AUGACGGAUGUUAUCAAGUUCUAUCACACGCCAAGACUGCACCACAACACGCCGACUGGAAUAGUUCGCAGUGUUCCCCCCGUUCAUUUAAUCACCACACUCGAAGCCCGAGCGUUAAGAACCGCGCCUGCUCCGACCCCGAUGACAAAACUCCCACAGAAAGAGGAACACAAAAAAUUGUUGGCGAAGGUUGUCGGCUUCGAUGCUGGAACUUUACUAGAAACUUCAAAACAUCAUCAUCAUGCGGGAAUGCAAAGUCCCAGGCAUGGCAGAAGUAUGAGGGAACCAACUCCCAAACCGGACAAUACCGAAGUAGAGGUCAGAGGUCAAGCAUUUUCAGGAACUCCGAGGCUACUCAGAGGCGGAAACUCAAAAUCUUACGGAGUUCGUCGACAGAUUUCUCCGGAUAACCAACUGGAAUUAUCACCAGAUAAUACAGCGCCUCCAGCGACCGCUGAUUCAUGGCAAGUCACAGCCGAUUUCGUCCUUACGUCAGAGCCUUUGAGGUCAUCAAGAAGAGUUGCCGUCACAAAUAAAUUACUAGAAAAAGAAAGACGAAGAGACGCUCCGUGGGUGUAUUGUUUUAAAAUAAAGAGAGAUCGGUUACGGAUGAGUAAUCUCAUUGUUACGAGUACAUCACCAGUGGACAAUUUGUACCCGGCGCCUCUGUGA